AUGGCAUCAAUGCUUCUACUACUUGGUCUACUUGUGAAUCUUCUUAUGCUCACAGAUGCAAAUGUAGGCGUGUGCAACGGUCGACUUGGUGACAAUUUGCCAUCAGAACAAGAAACGGUAGCCCUUUACCGAAGCAACGGCAUAUCCAGGAUGCGAAUCUAUGAUCCAAAUUCAGCCACGCUUGACGCACUUCGUGAUACUGGUAUUGAACUCAUGAUGGAUGUUCCUAACCGCGAUCUUGAAGGUCUCACUGAUCCAAAUGCCGCAAGAGCAUGGGUUAGAGACAACAUCCAACGUUACCCCAAUGUCAAGUUUAAAUACAUAGCCGUCGGAAAUGAAGUUGAUCCAGACCCAAGUAAAUAUACUAGUCGAUAUAAGAAUUAUGUACUCCCCGCGAUGCAAAAUGUCCACAACGCCCUUAGAGACGUGGGCCUAGAUAACCAAAUUAAGGUGUCAACCGCAACCUACACCGGUCUUUUAAGAGACGCUUAUCCACCAAGCCAAGGUGCAUUUAAAGAUAAUGGUUUUGCUGAGCCAAUAGUUAGAUUUCUAGCAGAAAAUAAGCUGCCAAUACUAGCCAACAUCUACCCUUACUUUGGUUACCUUGGUGACCCUAACAAAAAUCUCCCAUAUGCAUUGUUUACCGCACAAGGAACAGUGGUGACUGAUCCUAAUAAUGGCCUACAAUAUUCCAACCUUUUUGAUGCCAUGUUAGACGCGCAUUAUGCGGCCCAAGCGCGUGUUGGUGGGGGGGAUGUGGAGAUUGUUGUGUCAGAGAGUGGAUGGCCUUCGGAUAAUGGUCAGGAAGCGACAGUAGGAAAUGCGGGAACAUACUAUAGGAACUUGAUCAACCAUGUAAGAGGGACCGCGGGUACACCUUUGAAGCGUGGAAGAUCUAUCGAGACGUAUUUGUUUGCGAUGUUUGAUGAGAACAAUAAAGAUGGAGACGCGACCGAGAAACAUUUUGGGGUUUUCUCCCCGAAUAAGGAUUCGAAGUAUGGUUUGAGCUUCAAUUAGGAAGACUUGGCAUUUGAGAAAAUAAAGUGAUUUGUUGUUACUUGAUAGAUAAAUUCAUAAACUUAUGUAUUAAAAGUGUUUUAUAUGUUGUUACUUGAUAUGAAAAUUCAUAAACAUAUGUAUUAGAAGUGUUUUAUAUAUAUGUCACCUUUCA